CAAACUGCCUGGACUCUGUAACAAACUUGCUUCUUGAAGUUAGUGGGGACGUUAACAGCCACACCUUCUCCCAUCGAAGUUUUCAUAAAGACGUUAGCACACAUCCUCCCUAUCAAUCAGAACACUGGAAAAGCAGGUUAGACACCAAAGUAAUCUAGUAAAGUCUUUCAAAAAGGUGCAUUACAGAAGGUUUAAUUCUAGAGAAAUUUCCUUGCAUUACAUGCUGAACAGAGGUAAGGUGAAAUAUCGUCUUUUAAACAGACAAAGAUAUAGAACCACCUCCAGUGUUGAUAAAACCAAACAGAGCCACGCCACGGGGAGGGAGGGGACUGUUGUUCACCUGCGGUCACACCGGGAUUACCCGGGCACUGCUCCACCACCUCGCAGAGGCAGCAGGUGUCCAGCUGCCGGACUGCUCCGUGCGGUAGGGCUCGGGCUGCCUGCGGGCAGCGCAGGCAGGGGGUAAGGACAGAGGGCAGAGCGGGCGCGGGGAUGCCGCGGCCGCAGCGGGCCCCGGCGGCGCGGCGGCGCUGGGCGCUGCUGCUCGGGCCGCUGGCGCUGCUCGCCGCCGCCCUGGCGCUGCGCGGCACCGCGCGCCCCGACCCCGCCGGCCGCCCCCGCCUCUACCGGGCGCUGGAGCUCUCCCCCAGCCGCAGCAUCAACUGCUCGGGGGUCGUCCGCGGGGACCACAAAGCCAUCGAAGAGGCGCAGCUCAACAACCUGGAAGUGAAGAACAGAAGGGCUUCGCUGACGCCCGGCGAGUACCUGAACAUUACGAGGGACUGCAGAGCCUUCAAGGAGACCCGGCGCUACAUCGAGUUCCCGCUCAGCCAGGAGGAGGAGGAGUUCCCCAUCGCCUACUCCAUGAUCAUUCACCACAAAAUCGACAUGUUUGAGCGGCUCCUGCGAUCCAUCUACGCCCCCCAGAACGUUUACUGUGUCCAUGUAGACAGCAAAUCCCCGGCCGCCUUCCAGAAGGCCGUGCGGGCCAUUGCUGCCUGCUUCCCCAACGUCUUCGUGGCCAGCCGCCUGGAAAGCGUGGUCUAUGCCGCCUGGUCCCGGCUGCAGGCCGACCUCAACUGCAUGCAGGACCUCCUGCAGAGCCCCGUGCCAUGGCGCUACCUGAUCAACACCUGCGGCACCGACUUCCCCAUCAAGACCAACGCCGAGAUAGUCCGAGUGCUGCAGGUGCUGCAGGGCCACAACACCGUGGAGUCGGAGAGGCCCUCGGCCUCCAAGCAGCAGCGCUGGGAGUACCACCACGAGGUGGGCGAGACCAUCUCUCGCACUGCCCAGAAGAAACUGCCCCCACCCCACAGCUACCCCAUGUUCACGGGCAGCGCGUACAACGCCGUCACACGGGACUUCGUGCAGUAUGUCUUCGAGAACCCCACAGCACAAAAGUUCCUCGAGUGGUCCAAGGACAGCUACAGCCCUGACGAGUACGUCUGGGCCACCCUGAACCGCAUGCCGGGCGUGCCGGGGGGCACUCCCCUCAGCGACAAGUUCCAGCUCUCGGACAUGAACGCCCUUCCCCGCCUGGUCAAGUGGGAGUACCUGGAGGGUGACAUCAGCAAGGGCGCGCCCUACCCGCCCUGCACCGGCCGCCACCAGCGCUCCAUCUGCAUCUACGGGGUGGGCGACGUGCCCUGGAUGCUGCAGCAGCACCAUCUCUUGGCCAACAAGUUCGACCCCGAGGUGGACGAUGCGGCCAUCCAGUGUCUGGAGGAGUACCUGCGCCACAAGGCCCUGUACGGCCGGGGCCUCUGAGGGGGACCCGCGG